UGUGCGACUAAGCAACGUGGAACAGGGAGGGUGGAAGGGCUUCCCCACGGGGCUUUCUCGCCGAGAGCCACAGCGCAUGCUCCACCACGGAGCCGUCCCUCUGCUCUCGCGCUUCCGCCCUCCUGGGGUUACUGCGAAUGUGCAGCUGCUAACUGCCGGCCCUUUGCACAUAAAUAGCGACUCUGGUGCGCUAAUACGCAUGAGCAACGGCCCGUGUACAGAUUGGUUCCAGAGGAAAUAAGCCUGGUCCUGAAGGCCGCGAGCUUCGAAAGAGCGGGAAAGGCAGUUGAAACGGGAGGGACGAGCGGUUACUCACUCCAUGGCUGCGGAAAGGAGAGGCAGCAGCGGCCUCAGCUGAGAGAAGAAGGCGGGAGCGGAGAGCGCAGGCGCGGUUGCAGACAACGCUGACGGAUUUGCUUUGGGAGCCGGAGUAGCUGCUGCCACCAGAGUCUGGAGCCAUGAGUGGGUUUAAUUUUGGAGGCACUGGGGCCCCCACAGGCGGGUUCACAUUUGGCACUGCAAAGACAGCAACAACCACCCCUGCCACCGGGUUUUCUUUCUCUACAUCUGGCACUGGCGGGUUUAAUUUUGGGGCUCCCUCCCAGCCCACUGCGAGCACCCCUUCUACCAGCCUGUUCUCACUCACUACUCAAGCGCCAGCAACACAGACUUCAGGAUUCAGUUUUGGAACCACAACUCCUACUGCUGGAGGAACUGGAUUUUCCUUAGGGAUCAGCACUCCAAAGCUAAGCUUGGGCAAUGCAGCUGCCACUUCAGCCACAGCACAGCCUGCUGGCUUUGGGCUUGGCAGCAGCUCCCUCACCAACGCCAUCUCUAGUACUGUCACCUCCAGCCAGGGCACAGCACCCACUGGCUUUGUGUUCGGCUCCUCCACCACCUCUUCUGCUUCGUCCACCACACCUGGGGGCUUCUCGUUCACAGGUGGGAACAUGUCCCAGACUGGGGGGACCUCCAGUUUCAAUAUUAGUUCAAUGGGGAGUUCAGCCCAGCCCACGACACUUGCUGGGUUGGCCUUCACCCCAGCCACACCAGCAGCCACUGGAGUGGGAGCCACACAGCCAGCUGCUCCCGCACCCACUGCUGCUGCCACCAGUGCUGGGCCCACACUCUUUGCCUCACUAGCUCCUGCUCCAACCUCGUCUGCCACCACUGGGCUCUCCCUUGGUGCUCCAGCAACCACAGCUGGAACUUCUGGGACUGGAAUGCUAGGCUUCAGUUUAAAGGCUCCUGGAGCAGCUUCCACCACGUCCACAGCUACAUCCACCACCACCACCACCAGCAGCAGUACCAGUAGCUUUGCCUUGAAUCUGAAACCCUUGGCACCAGCUGGGAUGCCCAGCAAUGCGUCCACUGCCAUAACCGCUCCGUCUGGCCCCGGUGCAGCCACUGGGGUGUCCACCAGUCCCGUAAUGACCUAUGCCCAGUUGGAGAGUCUGAUCAACAAGUGGAGCCUGGAGCUGGAGGACCAGGAACGACACUUCCUGCAGCAGGCCACCCAAGUCAACGCCUGGGACCGCACGCUGAUUGAGAACGGGGAGAAGAUCACUGCCCUCCACCGAGAGGUGGAGAAGGUGAAGCUGGACCAGAAGAGACUGGACCAAGAGCUCGACUUCAUCCUGUCACAGCAGAAGGAGCUGGAAGACCUGCUGAGCCCACUGGAGGAGUCUGUCAAGGAGCAGAGUGGGACCGUCUACCUGCAGCAUGCCGACGAGGAGCGUGAGAAGACUUACAAGCUGGCUGAGAACAUUGACGCACAGCUGAAGCGCAUGGCCCAGGACCUCAAGGACAUCAUCGAGCACCUGAACACGUCCGGGGGCCCUGCUGACACCAGCGACCCACUGCAGCAGAUCUGCAAAAUCCUCAACGCACACAUGGACUCCCUGCAGUGGAUCGACCAGAACUCGGCCCUGCUGCAGAGGAAGGUGGAGGAGGUGACCAAGGUGUGCGAGGGGCGGCGCAAGGAGCAGGAGCGCAGCUUCCGGAUCACGUUCGACUGAGCCCAUGGCCAGCUAUAGGACCUGCGGGUUCCCAAAGUUGUUCGGUUGGGAGGGGGGGUGCAGUUACUGUCCAGCUUUUGUUUGCAAUGAAAUACUUGUUUGAUUGUUUCUUUGAAACAGUUGUGCUGUCGAGAGAACUGUUUUGUGGUUUGACUUUUCGUGUUAACAA